AUGCCACUCAUGAAGCUUUACUUCACUCCUGUGCUGUUGCUCCUGGCACUCAGCUGUCCUGCAUGGGUGGUCAGUCGGUCACUGCCACCGAUGCCCAACGGACAGAUGACCGGCUCCUGCGUCUUUUAUGCACGGACGCUUCUGGAAAACAUCACAAAUCUUCUAGCACCAGACGAUCCAACAAGGAUGUUCAGUGGAAUGAACUGCACCAGGCACAACAUGGAGCUGAACUUGAAGACCAGGACGCCGACUGUGUGCUCGCCACAGGGUUCAGUAUGCUCUGGGGAAACUACUUCAGCAUUUGAUCGGGAGUCAUGUAUGAGCGACAUCGGAAAGGACCUGAGUCACUACUACAAGGUUCUCUCAGCUCUGCCGGAUUCUGACGGUACUCUUGGUUCUUCUGUUCUCCUCCCCCUCAAAGAGCUCAUGGAGAAUUGCUUUAGGUCAUCUAACCCAACAGCCUGGAACUCAGCGGAGGCUCCUGUGGGCCAUUCGAGCACCAAUGGCUUCAAUCAACGGCAGCGUCUCUGCAAGAUCAUGAAAGGCUUCCAAGUCCGCACCAUCACGAUCAACCGAGCCAUUGGCUACAUGAGCCUCGGUGAACACACUAACUAA